AGAUUUCCUUUCUCUUAUGCACAUUGCGUGUGUAUGUCUUUCCCCUCAGGUUGUUGUUCCUAUGUGGGUCGCCGUGGCAACGGGCCCCAGGCCAUAUCCAUAGGGAAGAACUGUGACAAGUUUGGCAUCGUGGUGCAUGAACUAGGUCAUGUGAUCGGCUUCUGGCACGAGCACACAAGACCCGAUCGCGACGAUCAUGUGACCAUCAUCCGGGACAACAUCCAACCUGGUCAGGAAUACAACUUCCUGAAGAUGGAGCCGGGGGAGGUGAACUCUCUGGGAGAGGCUUACGACUUCGACAGCAUCAUGCAUUACGCCCGGAACACCUUCUCACGGGGGAUGUUCUUGGACACCAUCCUCCCGUCUAGGGACGACAACGGGAUCCGGCCUGCCAUUGGCCAGCGCACCAGGCUGAGCAAAGGAGACAUUGCCCAGGCAAGGAAGCUGUAUAGAUGUCCAGCAUGUGGAGAGACACUUCAAGACUCCACGGGGAACUUCUCCUCACCGGGUUACCCCAACGGAUACCCCUCGUACACACACUGUGUCUGGAGGAUAUCGGUCACGCCAGGAGAGAAGAUUGUUCUGAACUUCACCACAAUGGACCUGUAUAAGAGCAGCCUGUGCUGGUACGACUACAUCGAGGUCCGGGACGGUUACUGGAGGAAAGCGCCCCUACUAGGCCGGUUCUGUGGUGAUAAGCUUCCUGAGGUACUGGUCUCCACCGACAGCAGAAUGUGGAUUGAAUUCCGGAGCAGCAGCAACUGGGUGGGGAAGGGCUUCGCAGCCGUGUACGAAGCGAUCUGUGGAGGGGAGAUAACGAAGGACUCUGGGCAGAUCCAGUCUCCUAACUAUCCUGACGACUACCGCCCCUCCAAGGAAUGUGUGUGGAGGAUCACCGUGUCUGAGGGCUACAAUGUGGGACUCAGCUUCCAGGCCUUUGAGAUCGAGAGGCACGACAGCUGUGCUUACGACUACCUGGAAGUUCGUGACGGCCCCCUGGAGACGAGCCCUCUUAUUGGUCGAUUCUGCGGCUACGACAAACCCGAGGACGUGCGCUCCACGGCUCACACGCUGUGGAUGAAGUUCGUCUCGGACGGGACGGUCAACAAGGCAGGCUUCGCUGCCAACUUCUUCAAAGAGGAGGAUGAGUGUUCAAAGCCAGACAAUGGUGGAUGCGAGCAGCGGUGCGUGAACACGCUUGGCAGCUUCAAGUGUGCCUGUGACCCGGGCUACGAGCUAGCGCCAGACAAGAAGAGCUGCGAGGCGGCCUGUGGGGGUCUUCUGUCCAAGCUGAACGGGACGAUCAGUACUCCAGGCUGGCCUAAAGAAUACCCCCCCAACAAGAACUGCGUGUGGCAAGUGGUGGCGCCCACUCAGUACCGCAUCUCCAUGCAGUUUGAGAUCUUUGAGCUGGAGGGGAAUGAGGUGUGUAAGUAUGACCACGUGGAGGUGCGCAGCGGUCUGACCUCUGACUCUAAGCUCCACGGGAAGUACUGUGGCACGGAGGUCCCCGAGGUCAUCACCUCCCAGUACAACAACAUGAGGAUCGAGUUCAAGUCCGACAACACCGUCUCCAAGAAGGGCUUCAAGGCCCACUUCUUCUCAGACAAGGACGAGUGCAGCAAGGACAACGGGGGCUGCCAGCACGAGUGCGUCAACACGCUGGGCUCCUACGUGUGCGAGUGCCGCCACGGCUUCGUCCUGCACGAGAACAAGCACGACUGCAAGGAAGCUGAAUGUGAGCAUAAGAUCCACAGCCCCAGUGGGACCUUGAGUAGCCCCAACUGGCCGGACAAGUACCCAAGUCGCAAGGAGUGUACCUGGGACAUCACCGCCACCCCCGGACACAGAGUCAAGAUCACGUUCAACGAGUUUGAGAUCGAGCAGCACCAGGAGUGCGCCUACGACCACCUGGAGGCCUUUGAUGGCGACACGGACACGGCGGCCAUCUUGGGCCGGCUUUGCGGCAGCAAGAUCCCCGAGGCGCUGGUCUCCACGGGCAACAAGAUGUACCUGCGCUUCAUCUCAGACGCCUCGGUGCAGAGGAAGGGCUUCCAGGCCCUGCAUUCCACCGAAUGCGGGGGCCGUCUGAAGGCCGAGUCCCGCCAGAAGAACCUCUUCUCCCACUCCCAGUUCGGGGACAACAACUACCCGGGCCACACGGACUGUGAGUGGCUGCUGACGGCGGAGGCGGGCUACGGCGUGGAGCUCACCUUCAUCACCUUCGAGGUGGAGGAGGAGGCAGACUGUGGCUACGACUACAUCGAGCUGUACGACGGCUACGACGCCAACGCGCGCCGCCUCGGACGCUUCUGUGGAUCCGGGCCCCGAGAGGAGAUCUACACACCAGGGGACGUUGUGCUGAUCCGUUUCCAUAGCGACGACACCAUCAGCAAAAAGGGCUUCCACAUCCGCUACACGAGCACCAAGUUCCAGGAACUUCACGACAGGAAGUGACCUCAGAGUCAGCCUCCCCCCUUGACCUCUUGACCUCUGACCCCGGGGCCGCCGCCAACGCCGUAACCUUGAAAUGACCUUUGCCAUGGCAACCUCGAAAACAAAGCACAGUCGGGCCAAUCAGAUAUCCCUCGUUAUGACAAGACGUGUGGACGCCUGCCACACUCCACAGGAUGGAGGACUUAUGUGUUGUGUACACCAAGCUCUCUUUCAGUGGCACCAGUGGUCACCUGGAGAGGGGAGGGGAUAAGUGAUGGCUGAUGAACUCAAUAUACGAUGGGACUGAACACACCAGCAUGACAAAUGUCCACCACUCACUGAUUAGCGCCUCAUCACAGAGGAGUCCAAAGGGGAACCGGAAAUAUUUAAUCAAACCCGUGCACGUGGGAAAUUAAGGUGCAGUGUCAGCUGCUGAUUGGCUGAGGCUGUGGAUAUUGGGUUAACAAGGAUCUAACAUGGAGGCCUAACUGUGGACCCACUAUGGCAAACCCUGAAGACACAUAAGUGUUGAAGACUGUGGUCUACACAACUUACUGUGACCAUACAUACAGAGUGACUUAUAGAGAGACAUGUUCAUUGCCUUUAAGGCCUGGGGAACUGGCCUGAACUGUACAGCUCACAGUGGCUGCAACUAGUUUUAUUGUAUGUCUUAUUCUCAAUCCUGUAAUGGUUGUGUAUGUGUGUAAAAAAUAUAAGAAAAAGCACAACAAAAGGCGUAUUCCUGUUCUGCCCAUUGCCUAAACUGUAUACAGACAACCAUCUAUGAAUGGAUGAAUUUAACAAAAAAAUGUCAGAGAAAUAAAAUGACCUUAGAUGUUAAUACUGAGCCUUGCAUUACUGUAUAUUGUAUGUUCCUGUUGUUUUAAGUUUGCACCAUGUUUUUUUAUUUGCUAAUGUAACAUAUGAAAUUAUAAGCUGUAUCCCUUGUGUUAAAAUGUUGUAACAGAAGGUAUGACCUACUCUAAAACAAAACACCCAUGUUUACCCUGAAACGAGAAUAUACGGUCCAAAUAUGUUUCAACUGAUGACUUGAAGGACAGUUUCAUCCUUAUCCUUAUUAUGUCUUUUGGAAGAAGAAAACAACAACGAUCGAAAGGGGAGAGCAGAUUAUCCAAUGGUGCUAAAAUAUAUACAUGAAUAAGAUGUGUUUUUGUAUGGAUUGAACCACGAUGAAAGUGAUUAAAUGAUGUGAGAGCGUGUAAAUAGAGCGCCUAAAUCAACACACUGGUCCACGAUAAUGCCUUAGCACCAAACGUCCCGCCCUCGCACAGACCUCGACCGCCAGCGGACUGAUGGGACGUUUCUGCGGGGCGUCGAGUUUGUGAAGAACUUGAAUGAGUUUAUAGUUCAAUGAAAUAUUGUGGGAGCUCGACUGCCUGUGAUGUUUGUGUGUGUGAUACAACUGUUUGGCUCUUCACACACACACACACACACACACACACACACACACACACACACACACACACACACACACACACACACACACACACACACACACACACACACACACACACACACACACACACACUUAUUACAAGCUAAAUCGCAGACACAGCAAUGGUAAAUACCAGGAAGAUACCUGCAUAAGAUGUAUUAUUUUUCCUCUAUUAUGCUGGUAGAGCAGCAUUUCCCUGUUCACUGUUCUACAAGUGUGAGUGCUGUACAUUAGUCCCGGUGCAUCCAGCUUUCGGUAUUAACUGCAACAUUUAUACAGCAUGUAUGCAUCUUGUGUAAGUGUGAGUCGCUGGGGCUAACGGGGAAACGUGAGUGUCAGAGUGUGUAUGAACGUUGUUUGUUUCUAAUUGGAUUGACUCAUUUCUGUAUGUGCCAAGCUCCAGGUGACCCAUGUCCCACUGUAGUCUACUGUAGUCUCAUCACUCCACUGUGUUGAAAUGACCUCUGAAUCAGUCAAUUAAAAUACACACAGGUCAAAGAGUACAUAAAAACUAAGACUAUGUGAAAUUUG